ACGUAAUGAGCCCUGUGCCCGUGCGGCUGGGGGGGGAUUAAAAGCAAUGUUGUUUAUCAGGGAACUCUUUCCAGGCAGGUAGAGCGGCGCUGGGUCUGCAGGCGGAACACAUUGAGGUGUGAGGAUGAAGAUUGCAGUGAUUGGUCAGAGUCUGUUCGGCCAGGAGGUUUACAAGGAGCUGAAGAAGGACGGCCACACAAUCGUAGGAGUCUUCACCAUCCCUGACAAGGAUGGGAAGGCUGACCCGCUGGCAACUGAGGCGGAGAAGGAUGGUGUUGCUGUUUUCAAGUUCCCCCGCUGGCGUGUGAAGGGCCAGGCCAUCCCGGAGGUGGUGGCUCAGUACAAGGCCACCGCUGCCGAGCUCAACGUCCUCCCCUUCUGCUCCCAGUUCAUCCCCAUGGAGGUCAUCGACCACCCCAAACACGGCUCCAUCAUAUACCACCCCUCCCUGCUGCCUCGCCACAGAGGAGCCUCGGCUAUCAACUGGACCCUGAUCCAUGGUGACCAAAAGGGCGGGUUCACAGUGUUUUGGGCCGACGACGGACUGGACACCGGACCGAUCCUGCUGCAGAGGGAGUGUGACGUUGAACCCAAUGACACGGUCAACACAGUCUACAAGAGGUUUCUCUUCCCAGAGGGGGUCAGAGGCACAGUGGAUGCAGUGAGGCUCAUCGCAGAAGGGAAGGCUCCGAGGAUCACCCAGCCACAGGAGGGAGCCUCAUACGAGUGCAUUCAGAAGAAAGACAAUGCUAAGGUGGACUGGAACCAGUCUGCCGAGGCUCUCCACAACUGGAUCCGAGGAAACGAUAAAGUGCCCGGUGCCUGGGCAGAGGUGGAUGGACAGAAAGUAACUUUCUACGGCUCCACUCUGGUGGAUAACGGCACCACAGCUAACGGUCAGCAGCUGGAGAUCCCCGGAGCCAGCCACCCUGCCAUCGUCAGCAAGGCAGGCCUGGUGCUGUUUGGCAAUGACAGCAAGGCGCUGCUGGUGAAGAAUCUUCAGUUUGAGGAUGGGAAGAUGAUUGCUGCAGCACAGUACUUCUGCUCAGGGAGCAGUGCUGCCGUGGAGCUCACCGAGGAGGAGAAAACCUUCGCUGAACAGAUGAGGGCGGUGUGGCAGAGUAUUCUUUCUAAUGUCGUGCAGAUUGAAGACUCCACUGAUUUCUUUAAGUCUGGUGCCGCUUCCAUGGAUGUGGUCAGGCUGGUGGAGGAGGUGAAGCUCCGGGCCAGUAGCUGCCAGCUGCAGAACGAAGACGUCUACAUGAACUGCACUUUCCAGGAUUUCAUCCAGAUGUGCGUCAGGAAGCUCCGAGGGGAGGACGAUGAAGAGGAACUGGUUGUUGACUAUGUGGAGAAGAACACCAAUAACAUGACCAUAAAGAUGCCUCAUCAGCUCUUCAUUAAUGGAGAGUUUGUUGAUGCAGAAGGAAGAAAAACCUACGAGACCAUCAACCCCACUGACGGCACGGCCAUCUGUCACGUGUCUCUGGCCCAGAUAAGUGAUGUGAACAAGGCAGUGGCUGCUGCUAAAGAGGCCUUUGAAGAGGGAGAGUGGGGCAGGAUGAACCCCAGAGAUCGAGGCAGACUCAUCUACAAGCUGGCUGACCUGAUGGAGGAGCACCAGGAGGAGCUGGCCACUAUCGAAUCCAUCGACUCCGGAGCGAUUUACACUCUGGCCCUGAAGACUCACGUGGGCAUGUCAAUCCAGACCUUCCGUUACUUUGCUGGCUGGUGUGAUAAGAUCCACGGAAGCACCAUUCCCAUCAACCAGGCCAGGCCCAAUCGUAACCUCACCUUCACCAAGAAGGAACCAAUAGGAGUGUGUGCCAUCGUGAUUCCCUGGAACUACCCUCUGAUGAUGCUAGCCUGGAAGACAGCAGCCUGCCUGGCAGCAGGAAACACAGUCGUCCUCAAACCUGCUCAGGUCACUCCACUGACGGCACUGAAGUUUGCCGAGUUGGCGGCGAGGGCGGGGCUGCCCAAAGGAGUGAUUAACAUUCUGCCUGGAUCAGGUACUCUGGUAGGUCAGCGUCUGUCUGACCAUCCUGACGUCCGUAAACUGGGCUUCACAGGUUCCACUCAAAUUGGUAAACACAUCAUGAAGAGCUGUGCUGUCAGUAAUGUGAAGAAAGUUUCUCUGGAGCUUGGGGGGAAAUCCCCUCUCAUCAUCUUCAGUGACUGUGACAUGGACAAAGCUGUGCGCAUGGGCAUGAGCUCAGUGUUCUUCAACAAGGGAGAGAACUGCAUCGCAGCUGGCAGACUGUUUGUGGAAGACUCCAUUCAUGACCAGUUUGUGAGGAAAGUGAUUGAGGAGGUGAAGAAGAUUAAGAUUGGGGAUCCACUGGAGCGCUCCACAGACCACGGUCCUCAGAACCACAAAGCCCACCUGGACAAACUGCUGGAGUACUGUCAGACUGGCAUCAGGGAGGGAGCCACGCUGCUCUGUGGGGGCAAACAGGUGCAGCGGCCAGGUUUUUUCUUUGAGCCCACGUUGUUCACUGAUGUGCAAGACCACAUGUACAUCGCUAUUGAGGAAUCCUUCGGCCCCAUCAUGAUCCUCUCAAAGUUCAAGAGCGGUGACGUGGACGAUGUCCUGAGAAGGGCUAAUGCCACAGAGUACGGCCUGGCAUCAGGUGUUUUCACACGGGACAUCAGCAAAGCUCUGUAUGUCAGUGAAAAGCUCAACGCCGGCACAGUUUUUGUCAACACCUACAACAAGACUGACGUGGCCUCGCCUUUCGGAGGCUUCAAACAGUCCGGCUUUGGCAAAGACCUGGGACAAGAUGCUCUCAACGAAUACCUGAAGACAAAGGCAGUGACCAUCGAGUAUUAAGUGAAGGAGAAAGAAGCAGUGACGUAUAUGUCAUAUGUCAGAGCAGAGACAUGAAGAGGGUCAUGUGGACUGAUGUCAUCUCAACAAAAUCAAUAAUAAUAAUGAUGAUGAUGAUGAUGAUGAUGUUGUAUGUGCCUUAACAUGUUACAUUAGUACAACAAGUCCUCUGAGCCAUGCUGUAGUAAGGAUUGUCCUAAACUAUGCAAAUGAGGAAUGUUUCUAAGUAGCCCAUGUGACCUCUGAGACUUUUGUAAUCAAUGUGUUGGAGUUAAAAAUAGGAAUAUUUUUGAACAGAUUGCAUUCAUUUCUGAUAUGGCUUAUGACAUUUGGGAUAAUGCAAAUAGAAAACUCAACGAAAUAUAUAAACUUGGAUCUAGUCGUUUUUACACAUUUUAAUGCAGAAAUGUUACAUAUUAUAUCUUGUACAGAACCUGUCUGUUGCAUUGUAAAGUAAAAAUGGUUCUUUAUGGACUGCAAAUCUACCUGCACUUUGACACUUUCUUAGUAAAAUUUAAAAUGGACAGUUUUGUUCGUGAGAUAGCUUAUUCAAAAGAGAAAGGCCUGUUCACACAGGUGCAAAGUGAAAAUCAUUUAGGUUUCAGCUUCUGCAGAUCUCCUGUGUGAGAGGUACAAGCUCACUGGGGUUUCAACGGCUUCGUGUUUUGUUCUAUGACAAAAUACUUAAAUGUUUACCCUAAAUGUCUCAAAUGAGGGUAACAUCGCUUCACAUGGCUAGUUAUCCAAAGAAAGAGAUAAAACACACAACAACGAGGUCGACCCAGGAGUACAUCACCAGUAGCAGGUGUUUCCGUUAAUACGAAUGAAAUCUCUCAAUGGGAUUUCACAUCUUCUUGG